AUGCUAGGAGAUUUUAAUUAUUCCUCAUAUGCAAAUGCCUCUCGUGCUGGCCUCGCGCCACGUCUAUGGCUGCAUUUUGUCGCUAACCACUUUGUAGACUGUGUCACUUUGUCUGAUGCUCAACCUAUGCCUACCUUUCAUCGCGACCUUUCCUCUUCGACUAUCGACUACAUAUAUGCCUCCAAGGAUAUAGCGUCUUGUCACUCUUCGUCCACCGUCACAUUUGUUCAGCCCCUGUGGACCAAUCAUUGCCUUGUACGUACCUGUCUUAGUUUUCCUAUGCUGUCUCACAUUGGUCGAGGUUUGUGGCGUGCGAACCCUCGUUUGGCGAACAUCCCUUCCUUCCGCUCCUCCCUGUCCGGCUGUCUUUCAUCCUUCAUACCACUACUCUCGCCUUCAAUUUCCCCCCAAUCACAGUGGGAUCUGAUCAAAGUCGAAGUGGCUCGUUUCACACGUUCAUAUUCAUGCACAACCCGCCCAUCACUUGCCACUUUGGAGGUUCAACAGGCUGCUCUUCAGUUGCGCUGGCUCCGGCCUCUCGUCCGCUCUCCGCUGUCCCCCUCUGGCCUGGUCCCACCUUGGUUCUCUUACAUCCCCCGCCUCGACUCCUCAUCUGCUGAUCCACUCGUUCCUUUGAUAUUUCCAUCUCUCCGAUCCUCUCAUCAGCAUGAUUUCGACUCUCCUCUGGCCACCCUACUUGCUGCCAUUGAUCUUCUCCCUCACAACUUCUCUGACGUGGUAGUCAACCUCCCCACCUGUCUCUCUCUGCCUCUCUCCUAUCUCACUACCGCACAACCAGACCACCCUCCCUUUCCAUCUGCAUGGCGCGAUCUCUGGGUUUCCGACGCCUAUGAAGUAGAUCCUAGUUUCGGCGUGCUUGCCCAACGCCCCCUCCACUGCAUACUCCGUUGUCCUAUUGUCCUUCACCAGUUCUUCAAACGUCUCUACACUCGCUCUCUUGUCUUGCACCCUGUCUUGUAUCGUGCCACCAUUCCCCCCGCGAUCUGUGCCAUACAGUUUUCUUUGCUAGAUAUGCCUUCCGGUACAGCUGUCGAUGUGCGUCCUUUCUUGACGGCUCUUGUCCCCGGCAUCCCUUGGCAUCGUUUGUCCACCCAGUCUUUCCGCCUACUCUGCAAUUUCCACUCCAAAUCCGCACGCCCCAUAAGCCCCACACUCGUCCCUCGCCAGCUUCGUUGGUUUUGGUCCUUCCCCCUGCCGCAUGGGGCCCGCAACGUUUGGUUUCGUGCCCUGCACAAAAACAUUCCUUGCCGUUCUCGCCUCAAUUGUAGGAUCCCUACCACUUUCCCAGACCCAUCCUGUGCCCUCUGCUCUCACCCUCUGGACAAUCAAACUCAUUUUUUGUUCCAGUGUCCAGUCAAACUGUCCGUAUGGUCGUCAAUCUGGACGUUGUACUUUGCCCAGACCGCGACACCCACUAUCUUGCUUUCUGGUUUGCAAUCCUUCACAUUCCCUCCUUGCACCGAUUCUUCUCUUUCUGCUGCCUCAAUUUUUGGCUGCACGCUGCUGGCUAUAUGGCGCCAUCAUUGGCUGUUCAUAUUUGAUCACGUUCCUUUUGUCUUCUCCGCUGCCUUUUCCACUGCUUCCUCUCUUCUCGACUGCCUCAAGAGCAAACUUGCUCUCGACUUUCCCCCCCUUUAG